AGAGCGAAACUGACUCUUGAGCAAAGUGCAAAGCCCCAUGGCAUCUCUCUGUUGCUCCACCACCACCAUCUUCUCCGGGAGGUGGUUCUCUCCACGGAUCAGAAUACAUACUCAAUUCCCAAAACUAAACUAUUUAAAGAAUCAUAAACAAUUGGUUAAAGAUCAAACGAGUUUGAUCGUUAGAUCAAUCAUAGAAGACAGAGAAGCAAUUGAUGUGAAGAAGACUGACACCUUCGAUCCACAAGAAGAGGCAAAAGGAGAAGUAGUAGAUGGAGAUACCGAUCGGUUGAUGAGUCGAGGGAUCAACGCAGCCAUAGUUCUCGCUGCGGGUACCGUUGCAGUCACCAAGCUUCUCUCCAUCGAUCAUGACUAUUGGCAUGGUUGGACUCUGUACGAGAUACUUAGGUACGCACCUGAACACAACUGGGUUGCUUAUGAGCAAAUCCUCAAAACAAACCCUGUUUUAGCGAAGAUGGCCAUCAGUGGAGUUGUUUAUUCUCUAGGAGAUUGGAUUGCACAAUGUUACGAAGGGAAACCUCUGUUUGAGUUUGAUCGAACUCGUGUUCUUAGAUCAGGUCUUGUUGGUUUCACCCUCCAUGGUUCACUCUCUCAUUAUUACUACCAAUUCUGUGAGGCUCUGUUUCCUUUUCAAGAUUGGUGGGUUGUCCCUGCAAAAGUGGCAUUUGAUCAAACCGUGUGGUCAGCUAUUUGGAACACUAUCUACUAUACAGUUUUAGGGUUAUUGCGUUUCCAGUCCCCAGAUAAGGUUUUCAGCGACAUCAAGACAACGUUUUGGCCAAUGAUCACUGCAGGGUGGAAGCUUUGGCCAUUGGCUCACUUGGUUACAUAUGGUGUGAUUCCUGUAGAUCAAAGGCUUCUUUGGGUGGAUUGUAUUGAACUCAUUUGGGUCACUAUACUGUCCACUUACUCAAAUGAAAAGGCAGAGGCGCAAACAAUAGGGGAAACAAACUCCAGUACUGAGGAGUAGGAAAUACUUGCAUGUAGCAUCAAGUUUCUAGACUGCACGGAUAAGGUGAUGAAGAACAUGAAGCACAUUUUUUCUCCUAUAUAGAUAGAAACCUAAUACAUGUAUAUAUACAUUUGAUUCAUGGAUUCCAAGAGAAAAUCAAUGUAGCAAAACUGUUGUGCGUUACAUCAAAUAUAUAACAGAAGCCAAU